AUGUUUUUUUUGACGCAUCCAUCACCAUCACGGAAGUUCAAUGGCAAUGAUGGCACCAAGCGCGUGAAAUCACACCGCUGGUUCCGCAAAAUCAACUGGGAAGACCUCAAGGCACGCAAAAUGACACCUCCCAUUAUACCUGUUGUUACCAAACCUGAGCUUGCUGAGAACUUCUCUGACAAGUUCACAAGCGAGGCGAUCAAAGAAUCACCUGUGGAUAACCAUGGAGCAUCCCUCGAAGCACAUAUGAGAGAUUACUUUCAAAACUUUAGCUACGUUGCUCAUUCGCAUGUUUUGACAAGUGCUUUUGAUAAAAAUUAG